AUGGACGAGGAAGAGAGACCUAUGAAAAUGGCCAAACUUGGCCAUGAUGAGCCUACGCCUGAAGAACUUGGCCCCGCUAUGACGGGCGCUGUGGCGGUCGACAAGCCGCAGGAAACCGAGGCCGCUGCUGCCGACAACUCGAAGCCCGAGUCUACUGAGCUCCCGGCCAACAAUGAAGCUGCUGCCAAUGAUUCUACAGCUAAAACCGUGACCGACGAUGCCGAUGCCGCGCCCAAGAUGUCGAAGAACGCACUCAAAAAGCUCCGCCGGAAAGAGAAAUACGAACAAGAACGCGAGUUGCGCAAAGAACGGAGAAGGGAACAAAUGGCAGCGAAGAAGGAACGUCGACGAAAGAUGUGUGAUGAUGCACUGGCAACCGGUGGCAUGGAAGCUGUAUUAGCAUUGCGCAAACAGUGGGAGUCCACAAGAUCCCGACACAAGCGAUCGACUUUGAUACCAUUCACCAUUGUCGUUGAUUGCAACUACGAUGAUCUUAUGAAUUUUAAGGAGCGUAUUUCUCUCGCAUCUCAGCUCACACGCUGUUACUCGGAGAACAGUCGUGCGCCCUGGCGCGGACACCUGAUGUUCAGCUCAUGGGGCGGAUUACUGAAGGAACGAUUUGACACGGUCCUCACUCCCCACAAGAACUGGAAGGGAAUCAAGCUCGUCCCCGAAAACUUCGUGCAUGCUGCCAAGCUUGCGACGCAGCAGAUGGCCUCACCACGAGGAGGCAAGCUCGAAGGUCCCUUCGCCAAAAAGGCGGAUGCCAAACCUGAAGAUGGAGAAGUCAUUUACCUCAGCAGUGACAGUGACAACACGUUACAUGAACUCAGGCCAUAUGAUACCUACAUUAUCGGUGGGCUGGUCGAUAAGAACCGAUACAAGGCGGUUUGCUAUAAGAGUGCGCUCGAGGCUGGGGUCAAGACAGCCAAACUGCCGAUCGGUGACUAUAUUAAGAUGUCUUCCCGCGCGGUUAUGACUACGAACCAUGUGGUCGAUAUUAUGUUGGCGUGGCUGGAAUGUGGUGACUGGGGUGAAGCCUUUAUGAAGAUUAUGCCUCAACGAAAGGGUGGGACACUCCGGAAUGCAAAGGGUGAUGCCGGGGAUACCGGGGCUGCCGAGGAGGAUGAACAAGAGGAGGAGGAAGAAGAUGAUGAGGCAACUCUCAAGAGGAUGAAUGAACAAGCGGAGGACGAAGAAGUGAAUGAAGAUGAAGAGAAGGAAGAUUAG